AUGAGGCAUCAAGAUAAAGACACAAUGUUCAAUUCAACGCAUCCGGAGGCUUCUAGGCACCGCGAAUCGGGCAGCGGUGGGCGGGACCACGUAACCAAUAGGGGUAUGGAUAAGAGGUUCCACGAAUACCUUAAGGAUUUACGCUGGGGGGUGCCGCACACGAACUACGGCGGCGAAGCCGGUACCAGAGGCUCCACAUCCGACAAAAAAGCGUCUCACAACAGAAAAGAGGACAAAUCAAGGGACUCCAGGCACUACGACAGCAGCAUCAAUGAGGAACAACGCAAACGCAUGAUGCGUCUGCAUGCGACGGUACCAGACUCUACGUUCGCUGAAAGGAGCGCUGCACGUAUAAGCAAAAACCGGUUGCGUCGCCACGCUGACGACACCUACGGGAAAAUGCUUUACACCACCUCUGUGGAGAUGUUCCGCAAUGACAACUUUUUCCAAGAGGCUGAGAGUUCAUCGGAUAACGCCUUUAGCAUCCGCCAUGAUUCUCAGACGUCCACGGAUGAAGGCAGCCCCGUGGUUGUAGAGAAUGAAAUACACUACUCUACGGAACCGGAGGCGGCAAGGUCCAAAUCGCAUCGGGAGCGCAGUCCGUACAGAUGGCACCCGGAGUCAGAUGCAGACCCCAACAGCGCGGAAGUCAAGCCGCCAGUUAGGAGUGCCAGGGAGAUGCCAAACCACAACGACAACGAUUAUAUCUUUGAUGUCGAGUUUGGCUACGAGGAACCUGGUCACGCAUCAGCUGGAUAUGCUGGUGCGCAUUCGAUGCUCGAAAGGGAUUACAGUGGGCUGGUGAUGUCACUCCGAGCGAUGGCCGACCAAAUAGAGUCGAUGGCUAGUGCCAGAGAAGCAGCCCAACGUGAAAACGAGCGAAUACGCAGGGCCCUAUACAGCCAGCUGCACCUGAAGAACCAAGAGCUGGCCCGCCUGCGCAACCAGGCCAGGGAGCACGAAUCGGAGAGGAGCGACCUGGAGGCGAGACUAGAUGCACUUGAGGCUAAGUUGCUGCGUCUAAAGAGCACCCGCAGAGCCGACCGACCUAAGGAUCAGGAGGGUGCGGACGGCGAAGAAACUGACGACUCAAACUACACCGCAACCAUGCCCGCCGUCAUUAUCGAUGCUGAUGAGCUCGACCAGAGGAGACGUUCAUACAUAACGACCCUGAAAACGUAUCUGUACACCAGUAUGGACCAGUCGUCUAACGCUGCUUUUCAAUCGGAGCUGUACCGCGACCUGAGCUCGAUGCCGGAGGUGGUGCGUUGUGGCGACCUGGUGGACUUCAUUAACGACGGCAUACGGAGCGAUGCAGACGUUUUGCACAGCCGCCUGAGGCACUCGGCGCUGCGGCACGGCAUCAAUCGCAUAUUCACUGAGGGGCACCUGCCGGCCGCCACCAAUAGGUACCCCUACCCGCAAGAGUUCGAGCGGCGUGUGGUGGAUGAGAUGGAGUCGAGCCACCCUCCGCGCAGGUUCAGCAUGCACGGUACAGCGAAAAGCGAUGCCCAACGCGAGAAAAUGGGGGUUGUCAUGAACCGCUUAGUGUUGCUGAGCAUCCUUAAGCACACUGAUAUGGGCACGCUCUACAACUACCUCUUCACCGCGUUGUACUACGACAACUUCAGGGCUGUGGAAAUUCUGAAAGAAUCCGUCGCGCGAAGGUUCCUCGAUUUCCAGCUGGCGCCGACGUACAGCGCGCGUGUGAGCCAUCCGAUGAUGUGGUCGUUCGGCGAUUCGUGCAAUGCCACGCAGGCAUACCGGUACAUGAAGGCAUUGGACUUCAACUUCGCCACAUUCCCAACCGAUCCCCAUAAUGGAGACAACCUGUGGCACAGGGUGGCGAAGGGUGACGCCGUGGCUGUAGUGCAGACCUUGAAGCCAUACGCCAUCGACGCGGAGCACAUCAGCGCGCCCAACCACCACAAGGAGACCCCGCUGGAUGUCGCCAAGGGCAAGGUCCGCGUCGAACUCAUGGGGUUGGCAGUGGUCCAAAAGGCGGCAAAGGGCUCCGAGAACUACCGGGACAACGAUUUCGAGGCUGCGCUGAAGAUGUACUCGGAGGCCAUAGAGAUGCAGAUAGAGGUGCUCAGCAUCGACGGCGGCGACAAAGUGGCCACCCAAGACGUGAACCUGGGCAAGCUCUACUACAACAAGGCCCGCAGUCUGAUGCACCUGGACAGGUGGACUGGCGCGGUGGAAGCGUGCGAGCUCUGCGUGCAGCACAUUCCGUCGUACACCAACGCCUACGCCACCUGCAUCCAGGCGUACGAGAAACUGCUUGACUGGGGUAAUGCGGCUAAAACGUGUUAUCUGAUGCGCGAGAACUGCGGCGUGUUCGACGACGAGAAGAUGGCGGCUCUGCAGUCACAGCUGGGGGCAACCAUGUUCCAGAUCCUCGGUGUCAGCAGCACGGCGAACCCCCGCGAAAUAAAGCAGGCUUUCAACCAGCUGUGCAAGCAAUGGCACCCUGAUAAGAUAAACCUGGACCCGGCCAAUGUUGACCUCAAGCGUCGUGCGAUGAACCAGUUCAACCGUCUGUACGAGGCCCGGGAAAAGCUGCUCGACGACAGCGCUAGAAAGGUGGAGCAGUCGAAGCCGGAAACUCCCUAUAAACACCCGGAACCGAUUGUCGACGCUUCGGGCAAGGCAUCGAAGGGAGCUGAGGCCACGGCUGCCAAAAUAGAGCCUCUACAACACCACCUUUCGAAACUAAAAUGCGAGUCUCAGGAUGACGUAGCCGUCGAUGAGCAGCUCCUGCAAACGGCCGUGGACCGCAUACAGCAGCAGAUGAACGAAAUGCACGCCAAAGCUUGA